AUUGCUUUCUCCUAGAUUUGCGAUUUCUCUAUGUAAGCUCAUUUUCUGUUUUGCUUUCUCCCCUUCCGCUUGUGAGUUUUGUUCUGCUUAGAAAUAACAUCGGAGUCGUACUUUGUCCAGAAAUUGGGCACAAUAGCUUGAAGCACUAGUCAUUAUUUAGAAAGUUUUUUGUUUAAUUGAAACGAAAAUGUCUUAAGAUUUUCUAACCUGACGAAACCGUGGAGGAGCCAAUUGACGAUAAAAGAGAUUCACCACGACUGAAAAAUACUGCAAUCAAUGAGCAAAAAUCUCCACCAGAUGCUAUCAUGAAUUCAGAGAUUCUCGAUUUCGUUUUCCCCAAGUUGGACAACCCCACCUUGAAGACAGCCCGACUUGUCUGUUCCCAAUGGGGAAACAUUGGUGCUGUCCACCUCGCCACGAGGACCUACUUCAAUACCUCCCACAUGCUCCCAUUCGACCGCUCUGGAACCUUACCCCCAUUUAAUAAAAAUCUCGUUAAAAGGGUCCAAGUCAGUUUUUGCAGCUGUAAAAUUCCUGAGAACAAUCUCCUUAUGAAAAUGCAGCAUGAUAUAAUGACCAAAAACUUUGUCAGUUUCUGCACCCAAAUUAACAAGAUCACUGAAGUUUUGAGUGUUUGCAUUAACGCAAACUUUUCCAUGGUUCCGUUAAUGAGAUCGUUAUGCAUCUUAGAUUUUCCGAAUAUGACAGAAUUAACGCUCUCUGAGCCAGAAAUUCCAGAGGAAGCUAUUUUGCCAAAUAAAUUUUGCACGUUUCCAUCACGGCCGAACUUGAUGAAAUUGAAUGUAAAUUUGGCCCGAGAGAAUUCUCCAUUUGGCCAAGUUUUGCAAAAAUUGGUGGACUCAGCUCCGAAUUUGUUGGUUUUGAUAAUUUCCGGAAAUCAGACGCCAUCCUUGGCAGAGUGCAAAAUGUUGCAAGUCUUAAAAUUCAGGGGGACUUAUAAGCCUGAGGGAGAGAUCAUGUUUAGCAUGAAUAAAUUGAAUGGGAUGUUGGUCGCGGUGAAGGAUACGCUGGUUGAGCUUGUCCUUCAAAUGGAUGGUGUAGGGGGCAAUUUUAUAACUGGUGGACAGAGUUAUGGGGCGGAUGACAAAUUCUCCCUCCCAAAAAUGCCACUCCUGACCAUUCUAACCGUCAUAGAAGUUGGCGUAUUUACCAUCGAGAACGAAUGGUCCUCUGAAACUGUUCCCAUGCUGAAGGAUCUCUGUCUUCGAUCGAAAAGGCGAUUUGGCGUGAUUUCAUGUCUCUCUUCACUGCAGAGUCCACACGAUUGUGUCGAAUCGCUCGACAUUUUGGGUGCUGAGACACCCGACGCGAUCAAAUACAUCAAGCUCACGUUUCCAAACAUGAAUAAAUUGGAGGUCGGAAUUGUCUGCCCAGAUUUUACGGAUGUCAAUAAAUGCAAAAACUUUAAACGACGCAUCGAAGCUUUUGACAAAUUGGAGAGACUCGAAUUACUAAAAAUUACGAUUUCGGGAAUUAAUCGCUUCUUGUAUUCGUUGAUUCUGCUGGAGUGCAUUUCAAAAAUUAAUGCCACCAUACUUUUGAGACUCCAGUUCACUCAAUCGGCAUAUGUUGACACCUUCACGCAACCUGCGUUUGAGACCAUACUCGAAUUGUGCAAGGCCAUGAACAAAGUUACCAUUGAAGGAUUAGGGCUCAUUCCACCCAUCGCGAAGGAAGUGAACAAUUCCAUUAAGAGCAACAACAUACCUGUGAACAUCAUACCAAAAAAGAUUUAUGGAAACAUUAAAAUCUUCCAUAACGGAGAAUUUUACGAUAUUUAAAGUCUGAAGAAAGGUCACCUCGUGUAACAUGCUUUAUUAGUAAACGCAAUGUUUUUUCGUGUGUAUAGUAAACAUCGAGCCCUGUUUACUCUAUCGAUGUUUGUUGUAUUUUUAUUGAAAAGUUGAAUGAUGAAAAUAUUUACAAGAAACAUGGUAAAACACGUCCAGGAAAAAUAUUGCAUUUACAUAAAUCUUGAAUUAUUUACAGGAGUGAUUAUGUGGUGAUUAUGCUGUAAUUAUAGUUUGUAAAUAAGAACUGAUGUUUUACUCUAUAAAUUACAUAGUUCUAGCGUAGGAUAAUUUGGAUUAAGUGAAUAUGUCAAGACUCGAUGUUUUCAUGUUUGAUGUUUAAAAUUUGAUGUUUAAAAUGUUUAGG